AAAUGGCCCCGUGAGUAUUAUAGAUCAAUUCCAUAAUUCGAGGAUUCAGAUUAAUUGAGUUAUCUCGAAUUUGUCUGGCUUUCUCCGGUCUGAAUUGAAUUACUUUGGGAACAUAACCCAAGUCCCAAUCAGGCCCAUUCAGUUCAUUUGCUAAUACUUCGAACAGUCGUUCAUACUCCAAGACCGCAAAGGUCCCACGUCGUCCGUAAGUAUCCUGUCGAUAAAUCUACUGCGCAAUUCGGCUUAUGCUGACAAUUUGAUAGCUUCGAGAGUGCUCGUUUGUAAGUGGACCACUGUUCUAGAGCUUGCUCUGUUCAUGUCACUGAUUAUUCCUUAGGGACUCCGAAUUGAAGAUUGUCGGAGAGUAUGGUCUCCGCAACAAGCGUGAGGUCUGGCGUGUCCAGUUGACUCUUUCCAAGAUCCGUCGUGCUGCCCGGUACUUUAACCUUUCGAUUUGUGGAAGUUUACAAUGUGCUAAUGUAUUUUAAGUCAAUUGCUCACCCUCGACGAGAAGGACCCAAAGAGACUUUUCGAAGGUAACGCCCUCAUUCGUCGUCUCGUCCGUGUCGGCGUCCUCGAUGAAGCCCGCAUGAAGCUCGAUUACGUUUUGGCCUUGAAGAUUGAGGAUUUCAUGGAGCGUCGUCUUCAAACUUGUGUCUACAAGCUCGGUCUCGCCAAGUCCAUCCACCACGCUCGUGUCCUUAUCCGUCAAAGACACAUCCGUGUCGGUAAACAAAUCGUCAACGUCCCAUCCUUCGUUGUCCGUCUCGACUCCCAAAAGCACAUCGACUUCGCAUUGAGCUCGCCAUUCGGUGGUGGACGUCCAGGACGUGUACGCAGAAAGAAGGCCAAGGCUUCCGAGAAGAAGGAUGACGAUGCCGAGGAAGAGGACGAGGAAUAGAGGAACCAUUUUGAUACCAAAAUCUUUCCUAUUUACAUCAUGAGGGACAAUUUUUAGCAGGGGUUAGGGCAGGUUACAACAUGUAACGCAGGCAUCUGCAGCGUCAAGCUAUACAAUGAAAGCCACAUUCCAUGAUGAAUUAAUGAGUACUUUU